AUUGUUCAGGAUAGAAUUUGUCUUAUUAGGAGGUAAAAACUGUAUUAGGCAUAGUGUCCUCUUAGCGAUUAAGGAACCCCAUAGCGUAGGCGUAUUUACCGGUGAAGGUUAAUCUCCCAAGAAUUUGUUUGUCCAUGUCCGUCAAAAUAAUCAUUAGCAUGGCAUUGAAAUGCUAAAGGCGAAGUCGUUGGCUUUAAAAUUUAAUUAAAUUUACACUCAUUGUUUACUCGGUCGGUAACGAGGCCUUUUCAUGGCGGACCAUUAAUUCACCAUAGUCAUUGAGACCACGGGCAAGAGGUGACGUAGGAUUUCAGCAUAAGUACAGUCACCUUGAGAGAAAAGUGAUCGCGUCCGCAUAAUAAUCUCCUAGCAAAGUGUCUCGUUGCACUCAUUUUCAGUGUAUAUUUACGAUAGAAAUAAGGAAAAGAGAAUACUUAUAUGUACCUAACUUGCGAGGUCUGAGAAUCUAAGUUUACAGAUCGCAAAAGAUGAUCCCCGAUCACUACUUCGACGAAGGUCUGAACGGCUCACUGUACCCGGACGAUAUGAAGCAACUUAAUACCGUUAAGUUAGUCUAUGAGAAGACGCAGGCCGAUUAUGAGCAAGAACAACGAGACAUGCUCUCUUCACAAGAUGGCGACACUUGCGAGACCCACGAUCAGUUCUAUCGCGACCACAAGCUGCUGCUCGUGCUGUUUCGGGCUCUAGCCGUAAUGCCUAUUACCAGGUCACGCCCAGGUACAAUCACCUUCAGCUGGAAAUCCCGCGCUACCAUGUACGCCAUCUCCUUCUACAUAGUAGCCACUGUGGUGGUCCUCAUGGUGGGCUACGAGCGCGUCAUGAUCCUCCGCUCCAUCAAGAAGUUCGACGAAUACAUCUACGCCGUCCUGUUCGUGGCAUUCCUCGUGCCGCACUUCUGGAUACCCUUCGUGGGGUGGGGCGUGGCGCACCAGGUCGCCAUUUAUAAGACUAGCUGGGGGAAGUUUCAAGUUCGAUACUACCGUGUGACUGGCGAAAACCUGCAAUUCCCAAACCUGCAGACCCAGAUCGUCAUCAUAAGCGUGGGCUGCCUUCUCCUGGCCGUAUGCUUCCUCCUUAGCCUCUGCGCUCUCAUGGACGGCUUCCUCCUCCGCCACACAACAGCCUACUACCACAUCAUCAUCAUGAUCAACAUGAACUGCGCUCUCUGGUUCAUAAACUGCAAAGGCAUCAAGAUAGCCUCGCAAAGCCUUUCGGAAUGUUUUCGCAGGGACGUAAACGUGGAGAUCUCGGCGAAGCUGAUAUCGCGGUACCGCUUCUUGUGGCUGAACCUCUCUGAGCUGCUGCAGUCGCUUGGCAACGCCUACGCGCGUACUUACUCCACAUACUGCUUAUUCAUGUUCUUCAACAUAACGAUCGCGGUGUACGGCGCACUGUCUGAGAUCGUGGACCACGGCUUCGGAUUCAGCUUUAAGGAGAUGGGGCUCUUUGUCGACGCCGCUUAUUGUUCCACUUUACUGUUCAUCUUCGCUGACUGCUCCCACAAGUCCACGCUCAAGGUGGCGGCCGGAGUUCAAGACACCUUGUUGGGUAUUGACGUGUUGGCUAUCGACAGGCCAGCUCAAAAAGAGAUCGACCACUUCAUCCAAGCCAUCGAGAUGAAUCCCGCUGUUGUGAGCCUUAAAGGCUACGCGCACGUCAAUAGAGAGCUACUUACUUCGGCAAUAAGCAUGAUAGCUAUUUAUUUAAUUGUGCUGCUGCAGUUCAAGAUAUCGCUACCAAAAGCUGACUCUUAAGACACCCAAAUCACCUAAUCUACUUGGAACUUUCCUGCAGCGCAAAGUUUAUUCACUUACUGAGACAAACUUAUUCCAUAAUAAUUGCCGUAUGUUGCUAGUCUGUGACAAGUUAGAUGGGAAAUUGCUAUUACUGGAAGUGGUAUUAGUGAAUAUACUGUGUACGCCCACUUUACUCUUAUUUUGUCCUCCCAUUCUCACCAUAUGAAGCAUUAAGUAAAUAUUAAUUAAUGUUCACAGUUAUUAGCUUACGUUAAUGUUCAAAGUUUAGCACAGAAAGUUAUGCUUAGCAUCCUAGCUUUCAUAUAGAAAGUAGUUCAAAAAGCAAUAGACGAAGUUAUAAUUUCGUGAGUUGAAAUGUUAGUAGUUGAAAUGUAAUUGUACAUAGCUACAGUAAAUUUAGUCAAUUAUAAGUUAGACGUAGAUAAUUAAAAUAAUUUUGUCACCGAUAUUUUAAUAAUAGGGUAAUAAGUUUUAGCCGAUUUUUUCCUUCAGAUGUCAAUAAAAUUUGGUACAUACAUAGAGUUCCCUAUUCUGUACAUAAUAAGCGCAAUUUCACCGUGUGUCUGAAACAAUCUUCCACUUAAACAACUUCCAAUUACAUAGGACAUUUUUUCGUCCCCUUUUUGUUUGAUAAAAUCUAGCGAUACCAUUGUAAAUACCUAGUUUAGCAAAUUUCGUACAAUAAAGGAAGUUGAAAACUGCUGUCAUUUUCUAUUCUGUUAACAACCCUAUACAUUCUGGCCGCGAGAAAGUAUAGCGCGUUUAAAAAAUAUUGUACGAAAUGAUACUAACGAAAUACAGUUAUGUAAAAAAAUAUAAUAUGGGAUACAGUAAAGAUCGUGUCAUUCACGAAACGCGUGCCUUGACUCGUAGAGUCAUGUUAUUAAAGGUCAAAACAACAAAUCACAUCAAGGUGUUACAAAUCUUCGCGUCAUCGUGGAUGGCAACGAACUAUAAUCCCAUCGGCAUUAGUGUAAGUUCAUAAACUCUAAAAGUUGUAAAGUUGUAAUUAUUUGACUUUUAAUUUUUUUUUCGUUGUCUCCGAUACCCAAAGGUUGUCUGGAAGAGAUUGCUCUUAAGCGAUAAGACCGCCUGUUGUUACCUCUAUCAAAUUGUCUUUGUAUGUUUCUGCACGUUUAUUGUAAACUAUGUGAGGUGUGCAAUAAAGUGUAUUGUAUUGUAUUGUAAAGUAAAGGAUCUAAAUUA